AUGGCACACGUCAAGCCAAACAAAACAACAACAACUCGUCGGGCAAAAUCAAUGACAACUCGCCACCAAAUUGAAUCGACAACCCAAACGUCUCCCUCUUCACAGCUUGGAUUUUUGGCUGGAUUGGCUCUCUGUGUGCUUUCUGCUUUGAACUUUUUCUAG